CCGAGCCGCGGCUGCGCAGUCCCGCCGGGGAGGGCGUCGGGGGCGUCCGUGCGGGCGCCGGGGCCUCACCUGGAAGGACUGUCGGUGCUGCGGCCGCGGGCGGCGGUCAGCGGGCAGCGAUGCCUGCCCAGGCCUCAGCACCUGCUGAGGCUGCACCAGUGGCCUCCACAGGAGCACAGGACACCGAAGCGGCCCCGGCCAAGGAGAACCUAGAGGCCAUGGAGGCCGAGGAGACAGGGGCCCCCGCCUCGCCGGGCCAGAAGUCCUGGCUGGCGCGGCAUUUCUCACUGUUGCUGCGGCGGGACCGGCAGGCGCAGAAGGCCGGGCAGCUCUUCUCGGGGCUGCUGGCCCUCAACGUGGCGUUCCUGGGCGGCGCCUUCAUCUGCAGCAUGAUCUUCAACAACGUGGCCGUCACGCUGGGCGACGUGUGGAUCCUGCUGGCCGUGCUGAAGGCGCUGGCCCUGCUCUGGCUCCUCUGCUACGUGGCGGGCACCACCCGCCGGCCGCACGCCGUGCUCUACCGGGACCCUCACGCGGGGCCCGUUUGGGUGCGGGGCUCCCUGCUGCUCUUUGGCAGCUGCACCGUCUGCCUCAACGUCUUCCGCGUGGGCUACGACGUGAGCCACAUCCACUGCAAGUCGCAGCUGGAGCUCAUCUUCCCUGCCCUGGAGAUCGUCUUCACCGGCCUCCAGACCUGGGUCCUCUGGAAACACUGUAAGGAUUGUAUUCAGGUCCAGACCAACUUCACGAGGUGCGGCCUGAUGCUGACCCUGGCCACAAACCUGCUGAUGUGGGUGCUGGCCGUCACCAAUGACUCCCUGCACCGUGAGAUCGAGGCGGAGCUCAGUGCCCUCAUGGAGAAGUUCUCAGGCAACGACACCAACACCUGCCUGUGCCUCAACGCCACGGUGUGCGAGGUCUUCCGGAAGGGCUACCUGAUGCUCUACCCCUUCAGCACGGAGUACUGCCUCAUCUGCUGUGCUGUGCUCUUCGUCAUGUGGAAGAACGUGGGCCGCCGCCUGGCCCCCCACGCAAGCGCCCACCCGGGCGCCCCGUCCUUCCACCUGCACGGGGCCAUCUUUGGGCCACUGCUGGGCCUGCUGGCCCUGGUGGCGGGCGUGUGCGUCUUCGUGAUUUUCCAGAUUGAAGCGAGCGGCCCCUCCAUCGCACGCCAGUACUUCACCCUCUACUACGCCUUCUACGCAGCUGUGCUGCCCAGCAUGAGCCUGGCCUGCCUGGCGGGCACGGCCAUCCACGGGCUGGAGGAGCGCGAGCUGGACACGCUCAAGAACCCCACCCGCAGCGUGGACGUGGUGCUGCUCAUGGGGGCGGCCCUGGGCCAGAUGGGCAUCUCCUACUUCUCCAUCGUGGCCAUCGUGGCCACGCGCCCCCACGAGCUGCUCAACCGCCUCAUCCUGGCCUACUCGGUCCUGCUCAUCCUGCAGCACAUCGCCCAGAACCUCUUCAUCAUCGAGGGCCUGCACCGGCGCCCGCUCUGGGAGGCGGCUCCCGGGGGCCCGGCGGAGAAGCCGGAGGCCGAGCCCCACCGCAGGGGCUCCCUGCUGGAGCUGGGCCAGGACCUGCGGCGGGCCUCGCGGGCCUACAUCCACUCCUACAGCCACCUCAACUGGAAGCGGCGGGCGCUCAAGGAGAUCUCGCUCUUCCUCAUCCUCUGCAAUAUCACACUGUGGAUGAUGCCGGCCUUUGGCAUACACCCCGAGUUUGAGAACGGGCUGGAGAAGGAUUUCUAUGGCUACCGGGCGUGGUUCACCAUCGUCAACUUCGGCCUGCCGCUGGGCGUCUUCUACCGCAUGCACUCUGUGGGGGGCCUGGUGGAGGUCUACCUGGGGGCCUGAGGCUGCCCGAGGAACCCACCCCUGGCAGAACCCCAAAAUGCCAAGGCUGGGGAAAUGUAGCCCAGAGUCUGAGCAGAUGCCCCAUUCCAGGGGGCACUGGGUGCAGCCGGGGCUCCCCCAACGCCUCCUUUUCCCCAGAGCCUGGCUAAGGGGAGUUGGGGGGCGGAGAGUGGGUUACUGUUCACAGCCCAAGACCAAGGGCAAAGCCUGAAUACUGAGCUUCUGAUGCCCACACUGAGGACAGGGCACAUGCCUGCCCCUGCUCACUCUCCCCUUCCCCCCCGCUCCCAGGAAGCCCCACAGCUACUCUGGGAGGACUAGCCCUAAAUGACUGAGUCUGGGAGCUUGGAGAGGGGCGCCCCUACCCAGCCAGGCCUCUGGGGUCUGCCUCCUGCUGGAGGAAGGGCGUGUGGUCCAAGCGCGGCCCAGGGCACCCUGGGAGCAGACAGCGCGGCCCAGGGCACCCUGGGAGCAGACAGCUCGGCAGGCAGCCUGCCCUUCCUCCCCCCACAACCUAAUGAGCUCAUUAAUUAGCUGCCAGGCAGGGCUUAACAGCCCUCUCCCGCUGCCAUAAACUCUGCUUGU